AUGAUCUCAAGAGCAUCGGCCUCGCCAGAUCCAAGACGCUGGGCAGGGUCUCUCGUCAACAGUCUUUGCAGGAUGUCAACGGCCUCCUUCGACAUGUUGAUCGGAUACAAUGGCUCGUCUGUCAAAAUGGCGUUGAAAACUUCGUCCUCGUCUUCUCCCUUGAACGGAGACUUGGUCAGCAGCAUCUGGUACAAAAGCACACCGAACGCCCACCAGUCAACCGCCUUGUCGUAG